UUAAUUAUUUUCCUAUUCAGUAUGCAAUAAAUAGAAUAGAAUGUUUUUAUCUUUAAUAUAAUCAACCAUUCUUGUUUCAUAAAUAAAACGGUUAAAAUGGAACCACGACUGCUGGCAGAAUCAUUGUUAUGGGGUUUGUAUGUGCUAAUUUGUAGCGCGGUCGAUCGGUCGCGUUUCAGCCGCUUCUAAUAAUAAUCGAUGCCUACACGUCUCUCCAGGGAUUUCUCUUCACGGAUCCAAAUCGAUACCAAGACGACUGUACACAUACACGGCUGUACCAAGUAACGUUAUACCUAUCACGAGCUUUUCGCUACUAAUCAUCUGCGUUUUGUUACACGGCUUUUAAAUUCGGAGCAGAUAAGAUUUAUUUUCGUAACGAAUCUGUUAUGUAAAGACUAUUAUUACUGUGGUAUAUAAUAUAAAAUUGCAAUUAAUAAAUAUAAAUGUUGCAAUUAAUAAAAUUUAAACUUAAUAUAAUACUUAUAUUAGUAAAGAAACAUUGCUAAAGCUUGAAAAUAUUGAAAUGAUUAAAAUUUCUUUCUGUGCAAUGUGAAAAUACCUUCAAUCUAUUGAAGACAUCCGCAACAAAAUCAGAUCGGCGAGAAGAAAGCAUCAUUCACGUGUCGAUUAUCGUUUGCAAAUUUUUAUCUACACAUAUUGAUCGAUGUAAAGAAUGAAAAGAAUUGUGCAAUUUCUCGACUUUACCAAUGAAGCGCGAAAGCGUAUGUACAACUCAAUCUACGAUUAAGACAUAAAUCUCGAAUUAAAAAAAAAAACAGGAAAAAAAAGAUUUUCUCGUUAAAAUAACAAAUGCUCUGUAAAUGAUACCAAGAAGCGCAAGCAAAUGCCACAAGUUCGCCAUAAUAAUAUCAUUAUUAGUCAAAAUAGUUUGCAAUGACGUGUCUGCCAUACAAUCGAUUAUUCCGGCUGUACAGGAUUCUUAUUACAUACAGGACAAUAACGCGGAAAAAAAAGAUGCAAUGAUGAAAAGAUCGAAUUUAGACAAACAUGCUUUUGAGGAAAGAUUUAGUGAAAAUAUAGAUUUAAAGAAUAUGUUUCACGUUCUUGAACAAAAAGAAAGUAAAUCCUUAGCACAGAAAUUAGCGAAUGAGGCUCUUAGAUCACCGCAAUUACAACGUAACAUUAAAAAAUUGGCAAAUAUAAACGAAACUCUACGUAAUCAUUCCAAGGGGAUGAAAGAUUUGGUAACAGAUCAAAUAAAAAGUGUAUUUGAACCAAUAGCAAAUAAGAAAAAGCUGAAUCAAUUAUUGAAUCGUAGAAAAAAGAGGAAAAGAAAGAGAGAUAAGAGUAAACGAUUAAGGCAACGCGAAGAACAUCCUUGGUUACACAAGCGAAAUCCUAUUAAGAAGAAACGACAGAAAAUAAAUCUACCUGUUAAUACGGUAAACCAAAAUACGAUAAAUAAAGAUACGUUAAGUUCAAUGACUAAAAUUAAUAUUGCUGAACGAAACUUUAAAAAUAAAAAUAAUGCCCACUCAAAACGACAUAUCAUGAGUUUUUUGCAUUCGGGACGAAGGUAUCGACAAAUCAACGGAAAGCCAUUGAAUGAGAAGAUGAUCCAACGCUUGAUGCAAACAAAAAAUUCUAAAAAAGAUUCCAGCAAUGAAGAAGUCGAGCAUUCUGAUUAUUAUAAUAACAUUGAACCAAUUAAAAUAAAAUCAAAAGGAGAUGAAACUGAGAUUGAAAAUGACAGAAUCGUCAGGGCAAUCUCAAAUAGUUCUGUCUCUGCCAACAAUCCAUUCCACAAUCGUUCGCGAUUCAAACAGCAAUUCACAGAUUCCUAUGACAGGAAUUUAUCUUAUGAUUAUGAAUCGUUAAAACCUUGGGAAAUCGGUCAUUCUGUGAUCGCUCAAGCAAAUGAAAAUAACGCUGUCGAUCAUGCGCCUACAUAUUUUCCGAUACUGACCGAUCAGAAAGUCAAUCCAGCAAGUCUGUAUUAUAUCCCUGAAGUAACUCAAGAGGCUUUUAAUCAAUUUCAAGUACCGAACAUCGAUCAGCCUAAAGAAAACAUUUAUAUUAAUGAGAUGGAAUCUCCUACCGAGAAUUUUAUUAAUCCUGAUUUUGAUCUGACUGAAGUUCUUACUACCAGCGCAAAUACUAUUCUCAAUCCGCAAAACGAAACUCAACAGAUUCCUAACAUGCUACAGUAUCAAAAUGAGCUAAAUGUUCCCCAUCUAUAUUCAAAUUUAAGUAUUACACCAGAAAUAAGCAAAUCUAAGAAAGUACAAGUGCUUUAUUCCGGUGCCUCAAUGGAUGUGCCGCACAUUCUUCGUAAAAUCCCAGGAACUUCCAAUGUAUACGUCGCCGAGAAGGAUGCUGAACCUCCAAUUCCGCCUUUAUUCAAUGAUUAUAUUUAUUCAGCCGUUCCCACAAGACAAAGUAUGCGCAAAAUUAUCGAUCACGCUCCAGUUUUUUUUCAAUCAACUUUCAAUCGGCCAAUAGAACACGUUUUGAUUCCUACUCGAGAAAGUAGUUUUAAACAGAAUUGGUACAACAGUAAUCAAAAACAAGCAUUUAUUGACAAAAAUUAUAAAGCAAAACAAAAAGCGGCUCGAAUUUUUCAUGAGCAAUUCAAAAAUAAUAACAUAAAUGAAAAGUCAACAAAUGAUCAAAUAAAUAAUGAUCUUGCUCCCGUGGUAAAGACAACGGAAGAGAUUCAACGUGCGAACGUUUCCGCAACAUUAAACGAAACCAAAGAAGUCGCUAAUCAGAUAUUGGAGAAAAUUAUCGACGAAUUAGAGGAAAUUAAAUCAAAUCGAGCCACUGAAAAUGAACAGAUAGAAGGUUACUACGUAAUUCUAAUCUGUCUUAAUAUGUUGAAUUGAAAUUUAACAUUUAAUUAA